CCCAUGUGGGGGAUGAUUAUUCUUGAAGCCUCAAUGAUUUAGUGCCUCAUGUUUCUUUCAAAACACAAGUCAAAAGCCUCAAGCAAAGCUGUAAUAGCUACAAAAGAUCAUGUCAGAAUCUCUCACAAUUCUCCUCCUCCUUCCUAGCUAAAACCAAACCUACUAUGUUAACCCUUCAAAGUGCCAUCAACAAUGGCGAAAACGACCGAAACCUCGACGAUCAUCACCACGGACACGACGAUGAACACAUCAGGGACAUCCAUGCUUUGACCCCGCCUCAUCCUCCGAACGUAAACCGCCGCCGUUGGGACACCUCCAGCCGCGCCUCGUCGUCGAGCGAAGCCGCCUUGAGCGAGAACUUCACCACCAUGAGUCGAGAGUUUAACGCUCUAGUCCUUGCUGGUUCCUCCAUGGAAAACAAUGAUUCGGAUUCCAUACAUACUUUGAACGAUCAUAAUAAUCACUUGACUAGGAUCGGAGAGGACCAUGAACUGCAAGAGGAAACUAAUCCUCUAGCUAUAGUGCCGGGUAAUACCUACUCCGAUCAGGGUUUGGAUCAGCAAGGACGGGUCGGGUCAGGAGAGCCGUCGCAUACCGUGACGGUGGGGAGUGGCGGCGGCGGCAGCCACGGCGAGGUUUCGGUGCUGAGAGUGAGGAAAGAGGAGGUGGAGUCGAAAAUAUGUGCUUGGCAAAACGCUAAGGUUGCAAAGAUUAAUAACAGGUUUAAGAGGGAGGAUGCUGUGAUCAAUGGGUGGGAAAGUGAACAAGUCCAAAAGGCUACUACUUGGAUGAAGAAAGUUGAGAGGAAGCUAGAGGAGAAAAGAGCAAAAGCCCUAGAAAAGAUGCAAAACGACGUCGCAAAAGCACACAGGAAAGCAGAAGAGAGGAGGGCGUCAGCUGAGGCAAAGAGAGGGACAAAGGUCGCAAGGGUUCUUGAAAUUGCCAAUUUGAUGAGAGCUGUAGGGCGACCACCCAUAAAACGCUCCUUCUUUUGAGACCCUUACAUUAUCCAGUAUUACAUACAUGUGUACUUUAAUUGCUUCUUUAAGAGAGUCUACCUUCAUCUUUUCAACUGUUGGGUACCCUAUAUCAGAGGGCAUGCAAUCAAGAGUUGCACCUAAUCAUAUAUACAUUGCAUCAUGUAUGUGUGUAUGUUUUGGAUCAUGAUUGAGCGCAUGAAGUGUGGUGAGAUAUUUGAGGUUUUGUUAAUGGUGAAAGGUGGUGAGGGUGGAACCACUUAUUUUGGUGUUGUACAGUUGAAAUAUCAAUGCUUCUUUUUGUCUGGUUUGGUGCUUUUGUUUA